GGCAACUUCCACCGGAACUCGGGACAAUGAUCUGGGACUUCAUUUCUCCUGGCAGUGUACGCUCGAUUCUGGCACUCCAGGCUACGAAACAUCUCUGGUCAACCCCUUCCGUUACAAACGGAACUGCGACUCCCUCGUUGUAUGGUGACCUUGCUUUAUACUACACACAUGUCCUGAAGCAGACAUACGUGUGUGGCCUUCGUCAGGGAGAAACAGUGUACGGCCACGAAAGCGAACAUUCUGCAGCCGUAUCAGUCCCUUCCUCGAAAGCGGCAAUGAUAUUCACAAUCGAGAUUCAUGGGCUAUCUCAGCUGGCAUUUGUGUCGGAAGUACCCAGCGCCAAUGUCCGAUACUCGGUUCCGUGGAGUCAUCUACCCUCAGACGAAAGAGUUGCGUGUAGAUCUCAAGUGGGAUGCAAGUGCCUGUUCCCGGUUACAGGAUCUUAUGAAUAUAGAACUUCAGAUUUGUAAACCUUCGACAUCGGCCUUUGUGAUGAAUAGACAUUCGGGCAUGACUUCCUCUGGUCAUCUAUACUUCCUCCUGCCUGCCCCUCUGCGGAUUCCUUUUAUGAUUGGCCGCGGCAUGUUGACUUCUCGACCCAGGCUCAGCGACUUAUGGAGUAUAUCCCUCUGCAAAACGAGGAAGGAAAGCUUUACGGACUUACGGCAUUUUGCUCGAACGCGGGCAUUGUCGGCAUUAGAACCCAUUUUCGCUCCUGCCCUCAUCAACCUUCUCGCGGAGAAUCUUCUUCUUCUACCCACUGGUAUGGGCGACAGUUCGGUUGCCCUAUCCACUUCCGCCUUGAUCGUCGAAAAACCAUAA